AUGAGUGGAGAAUAAUAAAAUAGAAAGUCUAAAAUUGCACCAUUAACACUUUAAUUUUUUGAGGUCUUAACAAAAUUAGAAGAAGGAUUUCAUAUCAAAGUACUGGAUAAGUCUAAAAUCAAUACUUUGAUAUAAAAAUAUGCUCAAUUGGUUGAGUAUUAUGAUUUCUACAAAGACCCCAUCAAAAACUAUUUCCUCGAUAAAAUAUAAUUUGUUCUCUCAAGACCUGAUACAAUCAAAUCCAUGGUUUAACAAGACACCAUAUAAGAGGAGAAUGAAUAAGAGAGCUACAAUCACUUCUAGGUCCCAAAAUAAAUGACUGUUUCUAGAGCACCUUCUAUAGCCGAAUAAAUAGAUCGCAAGAACGUGCUUAAAGGACUUGAACUUAAUGAAAACCAUUAGAAAUCGAGAGGAUAAUAAAUGAACUUGACUUUAUAAAUUUAGAUGCUUAAAAAAGAGCAAGAACCUUCUUUAGAUAAAUUAAUGAAUGAUUAUAAAUCAGAGACUGAAAAAAUGGAUCAAUAUAUAUAAUCAGAAAUGAAAAUAUAAACUGAUGCUGUUUAACUGAAGUUAGAAUAAAGAAAGAAGAAAUUAGUGAACUAAUAGAACAAAUUAUUUCGAACUGAAGCCUCUGAUGAUGAAUCAACUCCUUAACUUUAACCAUUUGAAUGA